UUCUGCGGCUCACAGUUAUUCCAUCAUAUUCAUGCCUUCCAACUAUGUCGGAUCUCUGUUUUUCUUUCUCUAUAUAUAGCCUCCCAGCCGUCCAUGGCUGCAUUCUAAGGAAAUAUUCAUUCGUGAGAGCACUACACCGAAAGCGCUCCUCAUUUGAUGGCCACUCGCCGAUCUGUUCACCCUAAACUUUUCACUGAUUUGCCCCAUUUUUUCCGUCGUCUCAGCUCCUCCGUUCCGCCGUUCACCUCCGCCGCGCAGCAGGCGUAUUUUGCCCUAGAAUUUGAUAGUCUCAAUUUCAGCGAGCGACGGACCACCACGCAGUUCUAUUCCAUUGUCAAUCUCAAUGAUACGAAGAAGCUCUUCGCCUCCGUUCCGACGAAGAAAUUGAUUAAAUCGACGGCAACUCUCGCGUUGUGCUCGAAGAGUUAUAUGGUCACUCUGGGCACGCACGUCAUGAAUUCGAAGCUAAUGGAAAAUCGAAUCUCGAAGGGGAUUGUGUUGGGAGUUAUCAAACAUACCUUCUACGAUCAUUUCUGCGGCGGUGAAAAUCUCAAGGAGGCUGACCUUACAGUGAAACGUCUAGCGAAAUCCGGACUCAAAGCUAUGUUGGAUUACGGUCUGGAGCACGCCGUCGAUGAGGCCUCCUGCGACAGCAAUUUGGAAGAGUUUCUUCGCACAAUCGAAUCUGCGAAAACCGCGACCUCCGAUUCUCCUAUUAGCUACAUUGUGGUGAAGAUCACUGCGAUUUGUCCUCCUUCUCUGUUAGAAAGAGUAAGCGAUCUCUUGCGUUGGGAAUACAAAACCAAAUCCCUAAAUCUUCCAUGGAAACUCGAUUGCCUUCCAAUUUUCGCCGAUUCGAGUCCUUUUUACCACACACUAACAGAGCCUAAUCCAUUAACAUUCGAAGAAGAACGUAGCCUGGAAAAAGCUUACAAAAGAUUAAUCAAAAUCUGCGAGAACAGCUUGGAAGCAGACAUUCCUCUGCUAAUUGAUGCAGAGGAUACUUCAAUUCAACCUGCAAUCGAUUAUUUCGCUUAUACAGCAGCCAUUAGAUAUCGCCGGGAAACCGGCCCUCUGGUUUUCAACACAAUGCAGGCUUACAGGAUAGACGCCGAAGAACGGCUGGAAAUGGCGAGGAAGGCUGCGGAAGAAAGGGGAAUGAUUCUGGGGAUUAAAUUAGUGAGAGGCGCUUACAUGUCGAGCGAAAGACGAUUGGCUGAAUCGCUCGGGGCGAUAUCCCCGAUCCAUGACACGGCAACGGAGACUCAUAAAUGCUUCAAUAAAUGCGCGGCCUUGAUGCUGCAGGCUGUCGCGGAUGGCUCAGGCUCAGUUGUCAUGGCUACUCACAAUGUCGUCUCAGGGAAAAAGGCCGCGGUGAAAGCUAUCGGAUUAGGCAUCAAGAAAGACAAUCCGAAUCUACAUUUCGCGCAGCUUUAUGGAAUGGCGGAAGCUCUGUCCUACGGCCUCAGCAACGCCGGAUUUAAGGUUAGCAAGUAUUUACCAUUCGGGCCGGUCGAGCAGAUCAUGCCGUAUCUUUUAAGACGGGCCGAGGAGAACGAGAGCUUGUUAGGUGCAUCAACUUCGGACAGAACACUUAUGUGGGACGAAGUGAAAAGGAGGGUAAAAUCGUUUUAGUUUUGAUUGGCUCUGCUUUGAAAAUCUAUCACUGCCUGAAAGAAGAGAUCGAUAAAGAAGUGUCUGAAGAAUUCUCUCUUUUUUUUUUUUUUUUUUUUGUAAGGAAACAACAAUACUAAGGAAGCUUUUCUUGUUUCUUUUCGAUAAUAAAUUGUGUUUGUU